AUGGCGGCCGCCGAGCCGCCGGGCGCGGGGGACCUCCCGCAGCUGGCGGAGAGUCUGCUGUGUCAGCUGCAGGAGAAUUUUCAAGCUCUGACUGAAAAGAUAACGCUGAGAAUGGAAGAAAUGGGCGAGCGCAUUGAUGACCUCGAGAAGCACGUUGCUGACCUAAUGACAGAGGCUGGGAUAGAGAAUACCGAUGAAGAGUCAAGACACUGAAAUGAGGAUGUGAUCAAGAAAGAUAAUGGGAGAACAGCACUGCAGCGAAUGUGUCAUUGCUUGCAAUCAGUCACAAAAAGUAUCAGUGAAAACUAACACACUUGCACCAUGCCAUGAUAGAAGCUGGGUUUAUUCAUCCAAACUGUAAUUCCUGUAAUGAGGAAUGAACCACGUUUCAGGGGAGGCAAAAACAAUAUUAUGAUAGAAAACUAUCCUAUACAGCAAGCUUACCAGUCACAAACCUUUUCAAUGUAGAAAGUGUAUUUCAUUUAAU